AUGCAAACCACAAUAUUUUGUCUGAUUAUGAUUAUUAUAUUUAAAGAUUCGCAAUGUUUACUGCCGCCUAAAUUCCAAUGGAAAACUAUAGAUUUUGCAUGGGAGGGCAAUGCUCGGGAGGCAGCAUUGAAAUCGGGUGCCUAUAUUCCCGAACACAAUAUGCCUACAGGCAUUGAAAGGUGGAAAGAUAAACUAUUUGUUACCAUACCCAGAUGGAAAAGAGGAGUACCAGCGUCAUUAAACUACAUCUACCUAAACGGCAGUCAGUCCCAACCGCUGAACCCUUACCCGAGUUGGGGGGAGGCCUUCGUGUCCAAAGCGGCUUGCUGUAUCAGUGCAAACAGCACAGUCGUGUCCACUUUCCGCGUACACGUUGAUCGGUGCGACCGACUGUGGGUCGUGGACAACGGAGUCGCCGAUAUGACCCGGGAAUUACGUCAGGUAACGCCGCCAGCCAUAUUAGUGUUCGACCUGAACACAGACAAAUUGGUACAUCGCUACGAGAUCAAAGACGAGUUGCUGAGAGACUCGUCAGUAUUGACUAGCAUUGUGGUAGAUACAGUGGGCAAAGGUUGCGAGGAUGUGUUCGCUUACAUCCCAGACAUGGGCUCCAACGCGUUGCUGGUGUAUAGCCUGGCGCAAAGGGAGGCGUGGCGCGUGGAACACCACUAUUUCCACUUCGACCCCCACGCUGCUGUGUACAAAGUUGGUGGGGUGGACUUCAACUGGAGCGACGGAGUGUCUUCCGCUGUCCUUUCACCAACAAGGAAAGCAUCCGGCUUCCGCGAGCUCUAUUUCCAUCCAACAUCGAGUACGAAGCAGUUCCGUAUGUCGACGAAAUUUCUUAGAGAUAAAAAUGUUCCUCAAGAUAAUAUAUUUAGUGGAGUUGAAGUCGUUGGUGAAAGAGGCGCGAAGUCGCAAGCAACUGCAUGUGAUUUGGAUCCAAAUAGCAACGUAAUGUUUUACACCCAGCUAAGCAAAAACGGUGUAAGCUGUUGGAAUAUGGACAAGCCUUUGACGGAGGAGAAUGUGCCACUUAUCAUUAGCGACUGCACUGUUCUGGAGUUUCCCAGUGAUAUUAAGGUGGACCAUGGAGGUAACCUCUGGAUACUUAGUAAUAGACAAUCGCGAUUCAUCUACGAGUCGAUGGACUUCUCUCAAGUGAACUUCAGAAUACUCACGGCACCAGUUAAAACAAUCAUACAAGACACCCCGUGCGAAAAACUUUCUACUAUGGGAAGGGCGUUAAGUUUUAUACGGCCGAAAUCAAAUAAAAAAAGUCUUAAUAACUCCACAGCAACAAGCUGUUAAAAUGAUAAAAACUUUCUUUUGGUUUAAAAAAAAUGAAAAUAUUUAGUUUUCAACCGAAAGCAUCAUAAAAUUUGCUUGCCAUAGUCAAAGCAUCAUCUAUUUCGCCAUAGAAAUGGUCAUUUAGAGUAGGUAAAUGAGAGAUCAGUAGCGAUUUGAGCGAGCUC